UGUGGGAUGGUGUCUUUGUCAGACGGCGUGAGAAGGACUGUGAGCGAGGAAAGCCUCUCACCAGCUGUGCCUGAGCCUUGACAAACAGAACAGUGAUGUCUCUUGAGCCGCAGACAACUGGAUACACUAAUGUUCAGGAUACCCCUGCUAUGCCUUGGUGGAAGGACAAAUUCUGGAUCUUCUUAGCUGGCGCCAUCAUCGUUACCUCCGUGAGCCUGGGCCUCAUCCUGUACUGUGUCUGUAGAAGGCUGUUUAGACAAGGCAAGAAAUUGAAAACUGCCAAGCCCUUGAAACAAAAUGAAGAUGAAGAAAUGACGUAUGAGAAUGUUCUUAAUCAAUCACCUGGUAAAUUACCUCCUCUGCCACCCAGGGAUUUGCCUUCUUUAGAAGAUGCCUCUCCAGCGGACACCCAAAGUGAGCCGCCAGCUGCAUACUCGUCAAUACAUAAAGUUAAAAAAGCAAAGAGAGUUUCCAUCCCAAGCUACAUUGAGCCUGAAGACGACUAUGAUGAUGUGGAAAUACCUACAACUACUGGAAAGCAUCAUAUUAAAACAAAGGUUUCUCAUUUUUGACAAGCUGAGGAAGGUUCACACAGUUUAUUUUACAACAGUCAAGAAUAGCUGAACUUCAAUAGGUAUCUGGGUCCUGAAAGCCAGCAUUAGUUUUAUGAAGCCCUGAAAGAUAAGUACUUCCUGAACUUAGACGAAGAAGCCUCGGUGGUCAGAUGACUGAAGCCAGAGGAAAGAUGCUGAUGCUCAGCCCUGAAGACUGAGAGGAGUCAGGCCUGGUGCUUCCCUUGAGGAUGUUUCCAUGCGGGAGGACCACUGGGUUCCCGGCCCCAGAGCGUUCCCACCUGUCAGGAACCACUCAUUUCUUGGCAUGUUUCCCCCUCACCUUUCUUAAGUUUAUAUGGUUCUGCUGUUGU